AUGUUCCAUGACAGACAUCAGUUGCACAGUGUUGUAACCCAGAUCCUUGAUGAUUGGCAGCAGGUUUGCGGUGAACUCCUUGUAGGACCCAACCCGAGGCUCGGGAGUGGAGAUUCCAACGUGGGCUUCGUAAAUCUUGAGCGAAGUUGGCAAAGCAGGUCUGGCAUGCUUAAAGUCGUAUUGGGUUGCGGGGUUCCAGAACCUUGCUUCGUAAGUCGAAUUGCCAUACUCUUUGGGUGGAGCAGUGGCUCUCAAGAUGUACGGAGAAAGACGAGCAAUUUUAGAUCCGUCGGGAAGAGUCAGGUAGAUCUUGACUCGCGAAUUGUGUUCAAUAGCAGGUUUCCCAUCAACGGGAGGCAACGUGAUGCUAAAGAACCCGAAAUUGUCCUUCUUCAUGACAUUCUUGUUGUGCUCCCAGUUGUUGAAGUCGCCAAUGACACAAGCAGCAACCGCAUUGGGAGCGUACUCCUUGUAAACGAUGGAAUUGUCAGGCAAGACAUGGAACCCCAUUUUCUUAUAGGAAUCCGCAAAGUUCAGGAGUCCUCCUUCGUUUUUGUCCAGCACUUUCAGCCAAUUGUCUGCAAGGUCACGACGGCGUUUAAUCUCUCCAGAGAACGGCUCAAGCCAUGGGUCGACUCGAAUUAA